CAUAGCGCUUGGUUGGAAUGAACGGCUUCUCCCGGGUAAACUCGGCGUGGACCCGUGUGGACCCGGGGAAACUGCCGGCACGCGUGUCAUCCGACAGCAUCGAGUCCCGGCACAUCCCCGAUGCUCCGCCUCAAAUGCGUUCGCUCGAUGAUAACAACCAGGUUGCAUACAUCACUUGCACGGUGGACCUGGCCCAGCCCGCCUGAGUUGUCGGUCAACUUGCAGCUCAACUCACGCAAAAACGUGUUUCGCCCGACGCAGCCAGUUCUCGCUUGUCGCAUGGCCAAUUAGCAGUGAUCUUUUAGUCCUGGGAUCCAUCGCCUUUUCGGCCAAGCAGCGGCUCUCGAGAUGGCCGGGCGCAGCCUCGCGCCCGUGCGGGUGCUGCUUGCAGCAAGGCAGCAUGCUACAUUCGGAGCUUUUGAGAUGCUUGAGAUGAAGCUCGUGCAGCCGACCGGGCUGUAUGAGCUGCUGCUCAUCGGCCAAAGCGACACGAACCAGCCUGCAACGGGCUAUUCGAACGUCGAGCUGCUUCCUCCGCUGGUGCGGGCUUCCAUUGCGGCACAGACACGAGGCUUUCACUCGUCGCGGGCGCUGGCGUCGCGCGCGUUCCAGCCCACCUCGCCAUGCCUCUUCCCGGCGAGCACCAAGUCGAAGGAUGCGGCUGCGGCCCCGCCCAAGGCCCCGGCGCCGGCACCCAAGGCUGAGGACUGCGACGAUGCAAUCCGCGAGUACGACGACCUGUCGCACCGCCUCAACCAGCUGGAGCGGCCCUCCACCAUGAAGAGCGCGGGGGAGCAGGUCAAGUCGGUGGUGGUGUCUGUAGGCAAUGGGCUGGCGGCGGUGGGCCGCUUCACCCUGUCCGUGCCGGGCCGCCUGCAGGCCUGGGCCAGCCUGAGCCGCGAGGAGCGGGCGGCGCGGCGGGCGGCCCUGUGGAAGAACAUCAAGCACGAGGCGCACCACUACUGGGUGGGCGGCAAGCUCCUCGCCUACGAGGUGCGCAUCGCCAGCGGCUAUGCGCUCAAGGCGGCGCGCGGCGAGACGCUGACGCGUCGCGAGCGGCGACAGCUCACCCGCACCACCGCCGACCUGUUCCGCCUGGUGCCGCUCAUCAUCAUUCUGGUGGUCCCCUUUCUGGAGUUCGCGCUGCCGGUGCUGCUGCGCCUGUUCCCCAACAUGCUGCCCUCCACCUUUGAGGACAAGCUGAAGAAGGAGGAGGAGAUGAAGCGGCGCCUGGCCAUCCGCCUGGAGCUGGCCAAGUUCCUGCAGGACACGGUGAGUGAGAUGGCCAAGGACCUGCACCGCACCGGCCGUGGCAGCGACCAGGCAGUCACGGCCACGGAGCUGUACGACUUCAUACAGAAGAUCCGCGCCGGUGCGGCGGUGGAGAACGCCGAGAUCAUCCGCUUCGCGCAGCUGUUCAACGACGCGCUGACGUUGGACAACCUGGAGCGGGUGCAGCUGGUGUCCAUGGCCCAGUUCGUGGGCAUAUCGCCCUUCGGCACCGACGCCUACCUGCGCAACCGGCUGAGGCAGCACCUGCAGCAGCACCUGCAGCAGAUAAAGCACGACGACUUUGAGAUUGAGGCGGAGGGGCUGGAGAACCUGACGGAGGACGAGCUGCGCCAGGCGUGCCGCGCGCGCGGCAUGAGGGCGCCGUUCGGGGAGGGCGCCGUGGCCUUCAUGCGCAGGCAGAUGCACGACUGGCUGGACCUGUCGCUGCACCGCGGCCUGCCCUCAUCGCUGCUGCUGCUCAGCCGCGCCUUCACCAUCACCGCCAGCGUCAAGGACGUUGCCGCCAAGAAGGAUCUGGCCUACGAGAAGCUCAAGGAGACGCUGUCGGUCAUCCCUGAGGAGGUCGUGGAGCGGGUGGAGUUCGAGACGCUGGGCGGCGGCGCCGGGGCGGGCGGCCAGGACGGGGCCAAGGCCAUGGAGAAGAAGCUGGAGUAUCUGAAGCGCGAGGAGGAGAUCAUCAAGGAGGAGGAGGAGGAGGCGCUGGCCUACGAGAAGCUCAAGGAGACGCUGUCGGUCAUCCCUGAGGAGGUCGUGGAGCGGGUGGAGUUCGAGACGCUGGGCGGCGGCGCCGGGGCGGGCGGCCAGGACGGGGCCAAGGCCAUGGAGAAGAAGCUGGAGUAUCUGAAGCGCGAGGAGGAGAUCAUCAAGGAGGAGGCCGCAGCGGCCAAGGCGGCCGCAGCCAAGGCGGCGGCGGAGGCGGCGGCCGCCGCCGCCGCCGCCCCUGCGCCGCCCGCCAUGUCGGCGGCGGCGGCCGUCGACGCGACGGCGGCGGCCGCCGCGGCGGCUGCGGGCGCGCGCGCCGCCGCGGCGGCGGCGCCGGGCUCGGAGGCGGCGGCUGCGGCCGCCGCCAAGGCGGCGGCGGCGGCUGCUACUGCGGCGGCGCUACAGCCGGAGGUGGAGGCGGCGCUGACUGUGGAGGCGCUGUCGGACGAGGAGAAGGCGGCCAAGGAGGCCGCGGCGCGCGAGGCGCGUGUGUCCGCCACGCUGGAGGCGCUGCUCAGUCUGGCGUCGUCAUCAGCGGUGGCGCGGGAGCGGCAGGUGUUCAUGGACCUGGUGCGCAAGGAGGUGCAGCGUCUCAACGUCUCGCUGGUGGAGAAGAGCGGCGGCGGCGCGGCCAUGGCGUUCAGCAACACCGGCCUCACCACCUCCGCCGCCGGAGCCGCCGCCGCCGCGGAUGCCGCUGGCGGCGCGGCGGACGCUGUGGGGGCGCGUGUGGCCAAGAUGCUCAAGAACAUCGAGCAGGAGCUUGACAAGGUGGAGUCCAAGAUCGGAGACCGGCUGCAGCUGUUGGACACAGACCGCGACGGUGUGGUGUCGCGGCAGGAGUUGCAGGCCGCUGUCAGCUUCUUGCGCACACAAAUGAGCCCUGCUGACCUGGAGCUGCUGUUUGAGAAGCUGGGCGUGGCGGCGUCGGAGCCCAGCAAGCCCAUCAAGAUCGACGAGCUGGCGGCGCUGGCGCACGAGGGCCGCGAGGCAUCCAAGGUGCUGGAGGAGCAGGGCCACCAGCCCAACGCGCCCGUGGCUGCAUCACCGCCUUCGCCCUCUUCGAAGGCGGCGACAGCGGCGGCGGCAGCCAAGAAGGAGGCGGAGGCGGACCCGGUGACGAAGGAAUCGGUCAAGAUCCACACCAUGUAGAUUUAGAUUGGGUGGUGGUUGGUGGUUGCAAUGCGCACACAUAUACACGGGCGUGUGGAUGUGUGGAUGUGCGUAGUGGGCGGGCGUCGCUGUCGUUGACGGGACAAUGCCGGGGGCGGCGUGCGUGCGCGUGAGAGGCGUUGCCGUUGUGGUUUCGCAACACCAAAUAAGACGGGAGGGGAGGAGAGGGGGUGGUUUGGGCUGGGUGGCGUGGCGUGGGUGUGUUUGUGGCGUGUGGCAGCUUGCUGCCCAAUGCACCGCAAUCAUGCGCCACGUGUUGGGUCAUCGGGACAUCGGGAACAUGAGGCGCUGGGGCCCCGGGCCCUUUCUUUGCUGGGCGGGGGGCCCUGGUGGUGGUAGGUGGUUCUGGCCUUGUUUUCGGCUGGGCCGUUUGCUGGGCAGACCCCACCCCACCCCCCUACCUUCCUCUGCCGGGCGGGGCUCCCUGGGGUAGGGUGUUGGCCUUUUGUUUAUUGUAGGAUUGGGAUCACGCGGGCUUUGCGGUAAGGCACCUGUGCGCAGCCGGGGUAGUUAACAGUCCAGCGUUGUCGGUUGCGACCCGCUGGGAACCUGCGGGAUUGCGCGGGAGUUGCGAACGUGGCGCGUGGCGUGUUUUAGUUUUGAGAGGAUUCCUAAAGCGUGGCAGAAAGUGCCGAUAACAGGACUCCUAAAGAGCGGCACAAAGAGCUGAGAACAGGCAUCCUAAAGUGCGGCAGGAACCUGUGUUUGCAGGCCCUUUGCUGUAUGAGUUUUGGCGGGAAAAGGGAUUGAUAGUUUCGAUGUGUCACAGAAGGAUGAUUGAUGUGUCAGAGAAGGAUGAUGCCGCCGUCUCGGAUGAAGUCAAUUGAACGGCGUGCGGGUUGCAGCACUGCGCCGGCGGUCGGGGAGGAGGGUGCCGACGCCUGUGCCCAGUAUCCGGGCGACGCAGACGCAAACGCAAAAGGACGGACGGAUGGGCUCUGGCGGCUCGGCGUGCGAUGGGACAAGGAAGGCAGGUUGGCGGGGACUCGGUGUCAGGUGUCUACGCCCGGGUCUCGUCGAGCGUGUGGCGCAGUAGUGGGCGUUAGUUCGUGUCAGGGGAGGGUUUGUGUACUUGGGCCUCUUGGGACUCGGAGGUUAGUUUGCAGGUCGACGUGCUCGACGCCGGUUGCGUGUGUGGGGGAAGCUGUGCAGCUGUCAGCUGUUGCCAACGACCGAACUCAGGAGGGGCUCCCGUGCUCGCUCAGACCAGCUCAGACUAACAACCAACAAGAACCCGCAACACUUCCCAUU